AGUAUAUAGGAGCAUAUGGAACGCUGACCAUGCUGACACGCUCCGCAGUCAAAACAUAAAGUCAUGGAUAUCGGAGACGAAAUUAAGAGAACGAUUCUAGAAAAGCUUAUGGAGUAUGGUGACAGCGUAGUUGAAGACCCACAGCCUGGUCCCCAUACAACACAAAAUGGAAGGAAAGCUUGCCAUCACCGUGGGAACCAAAAAGGGGAUUCGGUCUCCAAGAAAAAGGUUAAGAAGAAGAAGAAAAAGAAACAGGCCUUAUCUGUGGAUGCAAGUGUCAUCAAAUGUCGCAAAGAAAAGCAGAACUCUUUGAGAAGUUUUGAGGAAGAACUGAGAUUGUUCAAGGCAUCGCAGGAAGAGAAGGAUUUAGAGGUGGAAGCGAAUAUUGAGCUUGACAGAAGGAAAGACUGUGAUGGACAGAAGAAGAAGAGAAAACCACCAGAAGUGGUUGUAUUUAAUGAUCCAACCAAGAAGAAAAAAGAGAACUUGUCCAAGGUGCAGACUAGUGCAGGACCCAAGGGCAGAGAACUGAGUGAGGGAGAGGUGGACCUGGAUCAAGCAAGACAUGAGGUCUGGAAGUUUGGCAUUAGCGGACUAUCCUUCGAAGAUAAAGAGAAGCAAGAAGCGGCUAAGGCUGUUCAACUAGGAGCAAAGCCCCCGAAGAGAGCAUUUGUGAAUUACAAAGAGCUAAUGGAAACCAAGCGACAGAAGAAGAUUGAAGAGAAACAGCAAAGAGAAAUUGAUCGACAGAUGGGGAUAAAAACAUCAAAGAAGAAAGAUGAAAAGAUACAACUCCAGAACAUAGGCUUCUGGACAGACAAGACGCAAAGGAAAGGUGUCUAUGUGGAUGGGCAACUUGGAAAAUACAAGAGGGGUGUGCAGGUCUUCUCAAAGAGGGACAUAGCAAAGAUAAAAAGUCAGACAGGAAAAAGAAAAGGGAAGAGGUGACGUGGCUUGACACAAAAACUUAAAAUCUUAUCUUUAUCAUGCCUUUAGUAUGUAAAGGGCAUACCUUAUCACAAGAACAUUAAAUAAUUAUUAACUUUUAUCAUGACCUCAGUAUAUAAAGAGUGAUUCAACAUUCACGGUGUAUUUGGAUUGCCAAAUGGAUAUUGCUUGGACGAGACUACUGCAGGAUUUGAGCUAGAUGACAUUGGAUGUGCAUUAUCUACAAUAGACUUUGUUUUUACUUUUAUUAAUGUUUAAUAUGUUAAGCAUUUUCUCUGGCAGAACAAUUUUCAUAAUUGAAGUUGCUACUUGGGUAAAAUAUGGCAAUAAUUAUUAGUUUCCUCAAGUUUGAAGUCUCAACAGAUUACAAUCAUGAGGAAUUGAAGAAGAGUUAGGUGGCAUCAUCAUUGCUUAUCAAAAGGACUUUUUUUUAUAAAUCUAUCAUUUCAUUUGAAAAUGAUUUGCUUGUGAAGAUGAAUUUAAUUUUUGGAUUCAGUUUUUACUGCAUUUUGGAAUGCAAUAUUUAUUGAACAAGGAAAUACAGGACUUGAUAAUCACUCUGAUGGAUGUGUAUUACACACAAUAGACCCCAAUGUUUUUAAACAUAUAUUUCUAUUAUCCCAUGUGAUUUCUACCCAAUUCUCUGUAAUUUUUAUCACCAUUGUAAUAAUUCUUCUUUUAUCAUUUUAUGUCUUUGUUUUUACAAGUCACAAGUUGUUUCCUGAGUAAACAAAUACGUGUAUAAUAUCUCUUA